AUGUCAAGCAACUACAUUGACUGGACGAAAACGACAAAGUCCAAGAACUACCAUGGCGCAGGGUCCUUUGCUACAUUCAUGAUCAUUGGUCCGACAUGCUUCUUUCUGGGCAUCCUCUUCGCCUCGUUCCCCUACGACUUCCCCCUCCUCUGGUCCAAGGAGCCCGUGGCCGAGGGCUUCUUUGACCAACUCGAGAACCACCUGCGCUUCAUGCACCAAUCGCCCCCGCUGAUCGCGCGCAUGCUCAACAUCAUCCUCGCGACCGUCUUCAUCGGCUUCAUCAUCAAGAUGUACCGCCCCUCCGAGGCCAACUUCCUCUUCGACGGCGCCUCGGGCAUCCUCUACCUGAUCGGCGUCGCCGUGUACUCCUCCAACACCAUCAAGGGCCUGCGCGCCGUCAGCGAGGGCGUCUGGGACACGGAGGAAUACCAGGCCACGCGCGAGGGCCGCUACCAGGGCGAGGUCAUCCUCGGCAAGGAGGACAGCCUCCGCGUCCUGGCGGCAAGCAACACCAUCCUGGCCCUAAUCCUGAUCGGUGUCCUGGUGCUCCAGGCUGGUCAGUGGUACGCGGAGAAGAAGGAUCGGGAGGAGGAGCAAGAGCAGCAGCAGCCCCAAGCGGGCGUAGAGGACAAGAAGGGCGAGGCGAGCAAGACUGCCAACAAGAAGAAGCAGUGA